AUGCAAGGAUUCAAAGGGAAGCAAGAUAGCUUUGAGCAGAGAUUGGAUGGGAUGGAUGCACAUCUCAAGAUGGUGGAUAACCAGAUUCCUCAGCUUGCCUCCCAAGCUGCGAGACCUCAAGCCAAUUUCCGGAGGGCCGCCUUAGAUAAAGGUAAGGGCCAUGUUGUAGAGGGGGAAGAUGCGAGAGAGGGUAGACUCACAAUGAAAAUUGGUGAUGAGACGGUUGAGUUCAGACUUGAUCAGAAUCUUAAGCAGCCGCAUUUGGUGGAGUCUUCCUUCUACCUGGACUUGAUCGACACAUUGGUCGACGAAGUGAGGGAUGAGUUCAGAGACUCAGAUCCCCUUGAGAUGGCAUUGAACGCGCCCUUACCACAAGGGCUUAGGUAUGAAUUUCUCGGACCUAAUUCUACUUACCCGAUCAUUGUGAAUGCUAGGUUAGCCUUGCAUUUCCACUUUUGCUUUUUUGAUGGCUACUCGGGAUUCUUCCAAAUCCCCAUUCACCCUAGCGACCAGGAGAAAACCACCUUUACUUGUCCAUAUGGCACCUUUGCAUACCAUAGGAUGCCCUUUGGUUUAUGUAAUGCACCGGCAACAUUUCAGAGAUGCAUGACUGCUGUGUUUUCUGAUCUCAUCGAGGAUGUUAUGGAAGUGUUCAUGGAUGAUUUUUCUGUCCAUGGGCCCUCCUUUCCUGUGUGUCUAAUGAAUUUGCGCCGAGUGUUGGACAGGUGUGUGAUCGUCUAUACCGACCAUGCUGUCUUGAGAUAUCUCCUAUCCAAGAAGGAUGCCAAGCCGAGGUUAUCUUCGGACUAUGCUCGUCAUUUCGGAGCAUCGAAAACCUCGGCUAAAAUUCUUCAAGCCGGGUUUUAUUGGCCAUCAAUGUUCAAAGACGUUCAUCAAUACGUCUCCUCUUACGAUGCUUGCCAGAGAACGGGGAACAUCUCCCGCCGCCACGAGAUGCCUCAGCGAUACAUCUUGGAAGUCGAGCCUUUUGAUGUUUGGGGCAUAGACUUCAUGGGCCCGUUCCCGUCUUCUUAUGGGAACCAAGAUAUCCUUGUGGCGGUCGAUUAUGUCACCAAGUGGGUAGAAGCAAUGGCGAGCCCCACUAAUGACUCGAAAGUGGUGACGAAGAUGUUCAAGAGGGUGAUUUUUCCGAGAUUUGGGACGCCAAGGGUCGUGAUUAGCGAUGGAGGAUCUCACUUCAUCAACCGCACCAUAGAAGCGCUUUUGAAGAAAUAUGGUGUGAGACAUAAGGUGGCUACCCCGUAUCACCCUCAGACGAGUGGACAAGUUGAAGUCUCUAAUAGGGAGAUCAAGGCCAUACUUGAGAAGACGAUGUCAAGGUCAAGGAAAGAUUGGGUGUCCAAGCUUGAUGACGCUCUAUGGGCGUAUAGGACAGCCUUCAAGACACCCAUCGGUAUGUCUCCCUUCCAACUUGUCUAUGGGAAAGCUUGUCAUUUGCCGGUUGAGCUUGAGUACAGGGCAUAUUGGGCAAUUAAGAAGCUGAAUUACGAUUGGAAAUCCGCUGCGGAGAAGCGAGUGUUGCAGCUUCACCAACUCGAUGAGAUUCGGUUGGAUGCCUACGAGAAUGCCCGGAUUUACAAGGAGGGAACCAAGAGAUGGCAUGAUCGUCGGAUUUUGCAGAGGGAUUUUAGAGAAGGUGCUCAGGUACUUCUCUUUAACUCAAGGCUCAAAUUAUUUCCAGGCAAAUUGAGAUCGCGUUGGUCGGAGCCUUUCAUGGUUAAGCAUGUCUACCCUAAUGGAGCGAUAGAGUUAUAUGGCUAUGGAGGGGAUACGUUUAAGACCAACGCGCAAAGGCUGAAGAUUUACAACCCUAGGGAGCACGCCAAAGAGAGGAACUCGAUGAGCUUCUCUGAUCCUCAAGACGAGCGAGCAACCCCGCGGUCAAGCUUAGGACCAUAA